GGCGACAAAGGCGGGACCUCGUGCCUGUAUGAGCGGUAACCAUAGUGAUCAUAUACAAUUUAUGACUGAGCUGAGUCGGUGAUUUUCUGAACUGAAAAAAAUCGACUGCAAAUGCCACAUAAAGGCAAUGAAGAGACAAAAAACAAUCACCUCGUUUUUUCAAAAAACAAACAAUUUUUGUCUCCUCCCUCAUCUCUUCUUGAAUCGUGAAACACAGGAAGUGUCUGAUUUAGCGCACGCAUCUCUGUUAAAACAGUCUAUUAAUGUGUCAGUAUGGGGUCCAGUGCACUGCCUCUCAUGCUCUUGCUGAUGUCCUUCAUCCACGCUGGCCUCACUCAAGAGAGACCCAAACCUGUAGUUGAUGUCGAUCCUGAUAGACGUGUGUUCAGAGGAGAGACGGUCACUCUCACAUGUGACAUACAGCAGACAGGAGACUGGCAGUACAGCUGGUAUAAAGACGGAAAUCGAGUUAACAGCGCAAGACAAGAACAGAACUAUAUAAUCUCAUCUGUGGAUUGGUCUCAUGGUGGUGUGUACAGCUGUAUAGGAUCUCAGUCAGAAGCUCCACGUCACUCACAGUACAGUGAUGGAGUUAGACUGACAGUAUCAGAUUUACCCAGAUCUACACUGACUGUGACACCAGACAGUCCUGUAUUCACUGGAGAGAGAGUCAAUAUGACCUGUGUGAUUGAGUUUCACAGUUACUGGAGAUAUGAGUGGUAUAAAGGCAACAUAGAAAAUCCAAUGUCACAGACGUCUGAUCAUUACACUGUAAAUGAAAGCACUCUCAGUAUUGUAAAAGCUGUUGCAUCUGAUCAGGGUUGGUACUGGUGUAGAGGACAGAGAGAUGAAAGACCAAAAUCAUCACAUUUUAGCUCUGCUGUUUCUUUCUCUGUAGAAGAUUUACCCAGAUCUACACUGACUGUGACACCAGACAGUCCUGUAUUCACUGGAGAGACAGUCAAUCUGAAGUGUGUGAUUGAGUCUGAUCACAGGGACUGGAGAUAUGAGUGGUUUAAAGACAGUGUAAUGUUACAGCCGUCUGAUCGUUACACUGUAAACAGAGACACUCUCACUAUCAGAGGAGCUACUGAGUCUGAUCAGGGUCAGUACUGGUGUAGAGGACACAUAGACAGAAGAUCAGUCUCAUCACAAUCAAGCUCUACUGUUUCUUUCACCGUGACGGAGAGACCAAAACCUGUAGUGAAGGUGACUCCAGAUCAGCGUGUGUUCAGCGGAGAGACAGUCACUCUCACAUGUGACAUACAGCCAGCAGGACACAUUUGGUGGACAUACAGCUGGUUUAAAGAUGGAGACACUCGCAGUCCAUACACAACAACAACAACAGCAGAGUUCAGAUUCACAGCUUAUGUGUCUGAUAGCGGUGAAUACAGCUGUAGAGGAGAGAGAUCAGACUCACAGAGAUCUGACAUCAGUGCUGCUGUUACACUGACUGUAUCAGAUUCACCCACAUCUACACUGACUGUGACACCAGACAGACCUGUAUUCACUGGAGAGACAGUCACUCUGACCUGUGUUAUAGAGUCUCACAGUGACUGGAGAUAUGAGUGGAAUAAAGACAGUAUAAAGUUACAGACGUCUGAUGGUUACACUGUAAACAGAGACACUCUCACUAUCAGAGGAGCUACUGAGUCUGAUCAGGGUCAGUACUGGUGUAGAGGACAGAGAGAUGAAAGACCACAAUCAUCACAAUCAAGCUCUGCUGUUUCUCUCUCUGUGGAGGAGAGACCAAAACCUGUAUUGAAGGUGAUUCCAGAUCAGCGUGUGUUCAGAGGAGAGACAGUCACUCUCACAUGUGACAUACAGCCAGCAGGAACAGACACGCAGUGGACAUACAGCUGGUUUAAAGAUGGUUCAGUCAUCAAAGACGUCACUGAGAGAGUCUACAGCAUCACAUCUGUGUCUGAUAGUGUUACAUACAGCUGUAGAGGAGAGAGAUCAGACUCACAGAGAUCAGACAUCAGUGCUGCUGUUACACUGACUGUAUCAGAAGACUGA